AAAGCAGGUCUGUGCACACACAUCAGUUUCGCAUUUAGGUUUCCAGGUCUAUCUGAUAGACGCUUUGCUUCUGUAGUCUAUAGUAAAAACCGGUGGAUAUUAUCUAGUUGAUAUUUAUUCAUCAAGCUCUCCUUUCACCAUACGUCCAGGCCAAAGAUCUUCAUCCACGUCAUCAUCAUCCUGGCCUCUGCAUGAAGAUGAGGAUGGCAAGAGUUCGGUACCACCGGUGUGCUCUGGUCAGUGCUGUGGCCUUCAUCCUCUGCUGUCUGAUGCUCAAGAUGUACCACCACCUGGUCUUCCCAUUGGACUCAAAAUGGUCCCAUUUCCACCAGAUAUACACACAUACAUGCCCUUUUUGGUCCAACAUAUCUCAUAAUGGCACUGCCUCACCACCAGCGGGCCUCUACACUGUCCAUUGGAACUUUACAUGCUCUGCCAAUGAUGGCACAGAGGUCAUUCCAUCACACCUGCCCCAGUCAUACCAGGAAUUCUUAGGCUACAGGCAUUGCCGAGCAUUCCCAAUCCUGCUGACCCCUUCGCCUUGCGAGGAUGACCUCUAUCUGUUGUUGGCCGUGAAGUCCACAGCUGUGAAUGUAGACCGCCGUGCUGCAUUGCGGGACACCUGGGGUCGCGCUGGUAGAAUCCAGGGUCGGCGAGUUAAGCUGGUCUUCCUGAUGGGCCGCUCACAAGACCAGGUUCCGGGUCACGACCUCCAGCAACUGCUGCAGUGGGAAAGCCGUUGCUAUAGGGACAUCUUGCAGUGGGACUUUGCUGACAUCUUCUUCAACCUGCCUCGGAAGGAGGUGGGAUUCCUCAGCUGGUUCUCUCGUAAGUGCAGCAGUGCGCAGUUUGCGUUCAAGGGCGACGACGACGUGUUUGUGAACUCAGGGAAUCUGGUUGAGUUCCUGACAGCCCACAAACCUGAGAAUCACCUGUUUGCUGGAUUCAUCCACAGCCCCGAGAUGCCUGUCCGAGACAGAAGCUCAAAGUAUUUUGUCCCUGUGGAGAUGUACCCCGAGGGGAAGCUCUAUCCACCCUUUCCAAGUGGUGGUGGAUAUCUGAUGUCACGGCAGACUAUGUUGGGACUGGAUGUGGCGGCCCAGAAGGUGAAGCUGUUCCCACUCGAUGAUGUCUUUCUGGGCUUGUGCUUGGAGCUAAUGGGUGUAAAGCUCACAAACCACAGCGGUUUUCUGACAUUCGGCAUCAGCGAUGACCUAAAUCUCCCCUGUGUUUAUCGUGAAAUCAUGCUGGUGCAUCAGAUGAACCCGGUAGAGAUGCGGGACAUGUGGUUGCGAAUGCAAGACAGUCCACCAUGUGGUAGUAGUGGGAAGAAACUUUGAGAGAAUCCUACUCUGUGGAUGGGAUCACACUGUUUUUUUUACACAGUACAUUGAAUGACAAAAAUACAAAAUCUGUAAAUAAUGUCCUUUAAAUGGUUCUGUCAUGAUAGAUAGAUAGAUAGAUAGAUAGAUAGAUAGAUAGAUAGAUACUUUAUUGAUCCCCAGGGGAAAUUCAAACAAUGUCAUGUCAUGUCAAUUCAAGUCAUGACUUAUUUAGAGCAGACAGUUCAACAUAUUUUGUAAUGAAGAAUAAAUCAGGUUUUGAUGUUGCUCUUCCAGUAUAUAAAUCAUUACAUACUGGGACCGAUCAGCUAGUCAUCCCCAGAGUCAAUAGCAAGCAUGAAAUGGCAUUCAGAGAUGACGCCGCCCACCAUUGGAGAUUAUUAAGGUUUUGCACCUACGUCAUAAUGUCAUGUGACCGUUUGUUUACAACUAGUGGUAGGCAAGGCACUG